CUAAAAUGAAUCAUCCUACAAGAAGUCGAAGUUGAAAACGAAUCAUAUCUACUUGAAUUGGGAAAUGGAGAUAAGAAGCUCAAUUUGGUUGAUAUUCAGUGUUGUUUUGGGAGGUUUAGUAGCUGUUUAUGGGUUUCUAAAAACAGUAAAUGAGUGGUUUUAUGUAAGGAGGUUGGGUAAGAAGAGGCAUUUGCUUCCUCCUGGUGAUAUGGGAUGGCCUUUCAUGGGCACUCAAUUAUCUUUCCUUAAAGCCUUCAAAUCUAAAAAUCCUGAUUCUUUCAUUUCCAACUUUGCUGCAAGAUUUGGAACAAAAGGAAUAUACAAAGCAAUGAUGUUUGGAAAACCAUGUGUUAUUGUCACAACACCAGAAUCCUGCAAGAGAGUUUUAUCAGAUGACACAACAUUUGGACCUGGAUUUCCUGAAUCCAUCACAAAACUAAUGGGCAAAAAAGCAUUUCAUGGCAUAUCAUCGGAAGAACACAAGCGCCUUAGAAGGCUAACCACGGCUGCCUUAAGUGGCCAAGAGGCCUUGUCCAUUUACAUUAGUCACAUCGAACAAAUUGUGACCACAUCACUCGAAGAAUGGGCAAGCAUGUCGCGACCUAUUGAGUUCUUAACAGAGAUGAGGAAGAUUGCUUUCAAGGUAAUCAUGUAUGUAAUGGUGGGUGAAACAAGUACCGAUCAAUCUAUCAUGGAGGCUCUAGAAAAGGAGUAUACUACUUUGAAUCAUGGGUUAAAAUCCAUGGCUAUCGACUUCCCUGGCUUCGCUUACCACAGUGCUCUAAAGGCUAGGAAGAACUUGCAGAAGAUAUUUCAGAGUGUUGUAGACAAAAGAAGGCUAGAAAAAACGGCAAGUAAGAAAGAAGAAAAGACGGAUAUGUUGGAUAUGUUAAUGGGAACCGAAGAUGAAAAUGGCGGUAAACUAAGUGAUGAAGAGAUUGUUGAUUUGAUCAUCAUGUUUCUAAAUGCCGGGCAUGAAUCUUCUGGUCAUGCAGCUAUGUGGGCUGUUGUGCUUUUACAAGAUCAUCCUGAGAUCUUCCAGAAAGCUAAGGAAGAACAAGAACAAAUUGUGAAUAAGAGAUUGCCUAAUCAGAAGGGGCUAACAUUGAAAGAAACCAGACAAAUGGAAUAUCUAUCCAAGGUGAUUGAUGAGACGCUACGAGUGGUGAAUAUCUCAUUUACAUUAUUCCGCGAGGCGACCAAAGAUGUUAACAUCAACGGUUAUAUUGUACCUAAAGGAUGGAGGAUAUUGACCUGGCUUAGAAGUGCACACCUUGAUUCAGAGAAGUACCUCAAUCCAAAACAGUUUGACCCUUCCAGAUGGGAUGAUCCUAAAACAAGAGUGAAUUUCAUACCUUUCGGAGCAGGAAGUAGGCUGUGUCCUGGUCGAGAUUUAGCUAGGCUCGAAGUUUAUACUUUUCUUCACUACUUCCUACUCAACUACAAGUUAGAAAGAGUUAAUUCAGAGUGUCCUAUCAGAUACUUGCCAAUUUCAAGGCCUGUUGAUAAUUGUCUAGCCAGAAUUAUAAGAUCAGAGCCAUAA